GUAGUUCUCAACGAGGUUCCUUACUUUUCGCCUAGGUUACUGCCGUUGACAUGGGUCAACUCAUUCACGAUUCGUCGCUCUGCGAGAGAGCCAAGUGUUGCAUUAACAAUAGGCCAGAUUGUUCAAGUACUCAAAAUGAUCCAAACAGUGUUCAUUUGAGCAAUGUCAAUCAAAGAACACCUGUGAACGGGUCUACUAGUCCAACUGCUCCCAGCCAAUAUGCCAUCAGUCAAACUGCCCCAAACCGCCCCCUCGACUAUGUAUUUGUUCCUAUUCCCGAUGCUCACGACCGAGGUGUUACUUAUGGAGCUGACGUAGGCCAACCUUCCGUCUAUACAUUUUUUCCUGAAGAUGUGAUCGAAAAUCAAGAACCACCUGUGGACGGGUCUGCUGAUCUAGCUGCUCCAAAUCAAGAUCUCACUCGUCUAACUGCCACCGAUCAAGCUCUCAUCAAUGAAUUUGCUACUGUGCUAGCUAUAGCCAGUCAAAUUCCCCUCUAUCGAGCUACCGCCGUUCAUAGGCCUGUCAGGUUUACAGUUAAUCAAUUAAUGGCGCCCCCUCGUGGAUCUCUCUUUCUUCGGAUGAUGAUAACGGGUAUGGGACUACAUGACAUAUUAAGCCGGUGGGAACCAUCGGAUUAUGCUAAUAUUAGCAUAAAUGAGAUCUCUUUCACGCUGGGAGAUGACUCAGAUAAUCAACCAAUAGCCCCUAAUCAAACAGCUCUUCCUUUUACCGAUCAAGCUUUCAUCGACCAGGCUAUCAUAGAGCUAGCUGCCAUCGGACGUUCCACCAGCACCCCCGCCAAUCAAGUAACCUCGGGGUUAUUCUUGCAUUUCUACUCUCGGAUGUUUCGAGCGGGUGGAAUUCGACGUGAAACGGUGAGACGUUGGAUUCGAUCGGGCAAUGCCCGUUUACCCGCAAAUCUAGACGUUGCAAGACUUGCGGCUCUAUCAGCUGAGAAUAUGAAUGAGGCACAAAUCGCCGCACAACAGUGGUUGUAUUCUCGAGCAGCGGAAGUUGUAGAAAAUGACUUCCAGACUAGGGUCCAGCCAGAGCGACAGCAAGUGUUCUCGUUUCAGCAAGAGCAGCCGAAUCAUUCCAACCAGCGCUACAUUCUGGAGGGAAAUGGGACCCUUGAAGGAUUAGAUGACGAAGAUCACGUCUCUGACUCCACAAUUUCGAUCCCUAGCAAUCAAUAUCCACGUAGAUCUGAAACUGCAAGUAUGUAUGCUCAUAUCUUGAGAGAUCGUUAUUCGACAACUCGAGGAUCUCGUCGAUGGGUAUAUGGUGCAUCUUCUGAAGAGAACCGCCUCAUGGGGAUGCAGAAUCGUGGGAGAAGGAAUGCCAUUCAACCAGGAAUCGAUGCAUUGCCUCCAGGAAGCAAUGCUAGUGUUACUCUUUCUAGUCCUCCAGAUGUUGAUGAUUUAUAGAUGGUCUAAAACAAUCGGUGAACUAUUAUAGUGCAAUCGGCGACGGUCCAAAAAAUAGGAGGGUUGCAUAAUCGAAGAAGUAUGUGGAAAGGCUUGAUUUUGACUGGAUGACUUUUUGAACAUCUUGUCCAAUUUGAUAUUGGCAAAGUGCUAGAAAACAGGAAUAUUGGAGAUGAAGAAUUUGAAGGAUCACAUCUGGAAAUUCGAUAAAAACUUGCUCGAUGUUAGGAAAUCAGCGUGGGAAUAUUGUCUGCACUAGCAAUCCAUUUCGACAUUAAUGAAAUUCCUGUAGCGUUAGCCAAUAAUACUUAAUAUCAUGACUUUCUACCUCGUCCUGCUCCA